AGCGCUGUUUCGCUAACAUAAGAGCCUACUACUUCAGCAGCUCCUUUCCUCUCUGCUGGUAGGCUGAGAUACGUCCCUUCCCGUUACUCAAUUAACUUACUUCUUCUCAAACUACACCUUUUGUAAGCCUAUGGUUGGCCUUGCUUUUGAAACAGCUUUCAGCUGGAGCCUCCUCUCACGCCAGGGAUACAGACUAGUGGUCUUCCGCCUAUAAGGUACACCCAUGUAAUAUCGGCCGAGCCUCAGCUUCAGAUAUAAAAGCCAGAGUCUCCUAACACGACAAUAUGGGAGAGUUUAUAAGUUCAGAGCUGACAGCACCAUAUACGAUUCGAGAAGAGCCUCUCGGAACUGCCAAACAUGUCAGGAUCGUAGGCAUCGGCGCAGGAGCAAGUGGCAUCAACAUGAUACGGACGCUCCGAAGAAAUUUAACAAAUUAUGAACAUGUCAUCUACGAAAAGAAUGAAAAGGUCGGGGGAACUUGGUUCGAAAACCGCUACCCCGGGUGUAGAUGUGACGUACCAAGCCACAACUACCAAUUCUCCUGGCGCCCAAAUCAUGAAUGGACCAACUUCUUCGCACCCGCACCAGAAAUCGAGCAAUAUUUGACUCGAAUAGUCGAAGAAGAGCACAUGAAAGACACUAUUAAGAUACGGCAUAAGGUCGUUGGCGCAUGGUGGGAUGAAGAUCGUGGAAUCUGGGAUCUAAAUGUCCAGAAUUUGGAGACUGGGGAGGAGUUCAGGGAUGAGGCUAACUUUAUCGUCGACGCCUCGGGCAUUCUAAAUAACUGGAAAUGGCCGAGUAUUCCAAACAUAAAGAGCUUCCGGGGAGAGUUAGUACAUACAGCGAAUUGGCCUAAGGAUUUUGAUUAUACCAAUAAAACUGUAGCUGUGAUCGGAAAUGGUUCGUCCGGCAUUCAGCUGUUACCUACAAUCCAGCCAGAUGUCAAAAAGCUUUACCACUUCGUCCGCACGCCCACGUGGGUCAUUCCACCACGAUUGGUGUCAAUGAAGGUAAUGGGCGGUCCCGCUAAAGAUAUAAUCGGCGAAAUAGAGCUCGAUGAAAAGGAGAACUUCACUCAGCGGCAGAUCGAAAAGUUCAAGGCGGAUCCUGCUUUCUACCGAAAAUUCAUCAAGACAAUCGAGCAGGACAGCAAUGGAACCUUCGCCCUGAUCCAAAAUAACAGCCCAAUGCAAGCUUUCGCAACGAGCAAAGUAGUCCAAUACAUGACAGCAACUCUAGGUGGCGACGAGAAGCUCUGCAAGGCCCUAAUCCCCCAAUUUCCUCUCGGAUGUCGCAGAAUAACGCCGGCUCCGGGGUACUUAGAAGCCCUUCGGUCCUCGAACACGGAAGUGAUAACAGAGGGAAUCGCCGAGAUCGUACCCGAGGGCAUCCGACUCGAGUCAGGCGAGAUCAUCAAACUAGACGCCAUCAUCUGCGCUACUGGCUUCGACAACUCCUUCACCCCACGUUUCCCUCUCGUCGGCCGACACGGCAACGUCCAGGACGCGUUCAAGAACGAUACUCCUAAAAGCUAUAUGUCGUGCGCAUUCCCCGGUGUACCGAACUACUUCACCUUCCUCGGCCCCAACGGCCCCAUAGGCCACGGCAGCGUCUUCACACUAAGCGAGCACAUCGCGCGGUACAUCACGCGGCUGAUCCUCAAAUGCCAAACCGAAGGGAUCCGCUCCGUGUCGCCUUCCGCCGCCGCAGUCGCCGACUACUCCGAGCACAUCGCGGCGCUGAUGCCGCGCACCGCAUGGUCCGGGUCCUGCAAAUCGUGGUUCAAGAACGGUGCCCGCGACGGUCCUGUGACCGCUCUACACCCCGGUAGUCGUGUGCAUUUCUUCCAUAUGCUUGAGCGGUUGAGGGGCGAGGAUUGGGAGUAUACGUAUGAUAGCCCGGCUCGGAAUCGGUUUUGGUACCUUGGGAAUGGGUUCUCGCAGAGGGAGUUGGGUGGGGAGGGGGAUCGGACUUGGUAUUUGGAGGAGGAUGCGGAUCGGUUGUAGGUUUGGUGGGAAUUGGGGGGUAGGUGGGUGUAUUUAGGGAGAAUAGGGGAGGGGAGUUUAUAAGUGUCUGUAUCUAUCAAU